CACCAUGAACCAGGCCAACUUCCUCUUCUUCGCGUUCUCAUUGUCUUUUCCAGACUGCUAGCAGAAAAGUGUUGCAGCCAUGCAUGGAGACACAAGCUUUCUUAAAACUCUUCAGGUUAUAGUUGUCCUGUUAAGGGGGGUCCAUGCUGCCUCGCCUGUGCCCUCAGUCCCUGACCGUGUCCAGGGGGUGGUGGGCUCCUGCAUUGUGAUUCCCUGCUCCUUCACACCAGCAACCUAUCACCCCAUUGUAGGAUUGAGGGAGAGGGUCGAUGUACGGUUCAGGUUCAAAGGUAGUGGAGCUGUUAUCCGUCUCUGGAGUAUUGCUUUCAACAGCGAGAGCAAAAACCAAAUCAACAGGAAUUUCCUGGGACGAACGUUGCUCUUUGGCAAAAUGUCAGAUGGAGACUGCUCGAUAAAGAUAGAGCAGCUAAGAGCUGAUGAUCCAAAGGUGUUUGAACUGGCUUUGAAGAAAGGCAGGGAUUCAGCCUGGGGAAUAUCCAGAAGUGUAAAUGUGGACAUUAUUGGCACCCCUGAGCCUCCUGUCAUCCGCGGAGUGUUGUCAGCUAAAGAAGGACAGCUGGUCUCACUGAACUGCUCUGUCACUUACCACUGUCCUUCCAGACCCCCGACCCUGCAGUGGAAGUUAAGGCAAGGAACUCAGUUGAACGGCACCAAAAUAGGAGAGAUACAAACUCUCCAUCCAGAUCCCAACAGGUGGAUGCUUCUUGCCUCUCUGUCUUUUAUUGCCUCGCACCAGGUGAAGCCCCGGCUUCAAUGUGCAGUGAAUUAUCCAGAAAAUAAAAUGUUAACCGUGGAGAGGGAUGUGCAUGUGACAUUUCCGCCAAAGGAUGUGAGGGUUGAGGUUCAGACAUUGACUGUGCAUCAGGGGGGCAACGCCUUGCUUGCUUGCUCAUGCAAAGCUGACCCUCCGGUGACAGAGUAUCGCUGGUGCUACACUCAACAUGGUCGGACUGUGCACCUCCGUCACCGAACCCACAUACUGCGAGUGUUUAAUGUGACCAAAGAUAUGAGAGUCCGCUGCUCAGCCCAGAACGCCAUUGGUCGAGGAGAAUCCCAGCUGACGUCACUCAAUAUACAAUAUAAACCCUCCAUCCUUCAUCUCUCCUCUACCUGUACCGUGGAGGAUUCUGAGGUUCAUUGUCGCUGUUUGGUUGACUCCAACCCAAAAGCUGCUGUCACCUGGAGUGUAAACGGGAGUGUUCCACCCUAUGAUUACAACAUGUCUAUAACAUCAGAGCCUGUUGUGCUCACGGCGUCUCUGAGGGGCUACAUGGCUAAACCACUGAGCGUAAUCUGCUUUGCAUUUAAUGCACUUGGAAAUGACUCCCUGGUUUUGCUGCAGGGGGAGGAAGAAUCUGUACCUGUGGUCUGGAUCAUAUUAGCUGCUGUAGGGAUCUUCCUGUUAAUACUCUGUCCGUCUCUGAUUAUCUACCACUGCCAUCGAAGAAGAGCUAAAAGACACCUGAGGAGACAUCAAGCUGUUUACCCUGAAGGAUUGGGAAUUUAUCAGAACAGAAUGCCUCUCUACAUUAAUUGCACUGAAGUCACUAAUGUCUACACCAAUGGGAGCUACCAGCUUGUGUACCAGAACUCCACUCCUGUUUUUGUUCAUACAAAACAGACCCGUCCAAUGGGGAGAAGAGGUGGGGAGAGGAGAAGAGGAAGAGAGGCUGGAGGGAGAGAUAGAGGAGGUGUAGGGCUACGGGGUUCAAGAGAUCUUCAAAGUGCUUCUCUAGCUGAUCCAGAGACGGCCAUCUAUGUGGAGAUAUUAUAAGUUUAAAAAGACAAAAUAAGUGGAUAUGUAAUUAAUGUGAUACAUUAACUGAUUUUUGUAAGUAUUGUUUUCGACUAACAUCAUUGACUUUUUAGUAGAAUAGUUUUGAAAUGAUACUUUAUCAUUUGAUCUGCUAAAUUCAUAAGAAGCCGGACAAAGAUCCUCAGAUCUGCGAUUCUGGGAGAAAUCAGAGGUUUAAAUGACGAUAUAAGUAGCUGAACCAGUCAGUGGUGUAUCAUCCUCUG